AGACCCGUGCGGUAGCAACAGCGGCGGCGGCCGGGGCGGCUGGCCGGGCUCAGGUAUUUCGGACGCGAUUGCCCUUCGCGCCACCCGUCGAGUGGGCAGCCUCAGAACUCAGCCGGGCGCCGGGAAGCGCGGGCAGCCGAGAACUCCUUCCUGCUACUUCGCCCAGCGCCCCUGCUUCGGCUUCCCAGCGAGGUGGGAGACCUUCCUCCCUGUUUGCAGACGUCCGUGGGAGACCCUUAUUUUUUUCACCGCUAAGGUUAAGAGAUUCUGGAAUAGAAGCGUCAAAGGAGAUCAAGUGAACCUUCUACAACUCCUCGGAUGUCGCCAGGUUCCCUUUCGGGGCGGAAGACUACGUUUGAGCAUCUCACCGAGGUGCAGAAAUGGAAGAACCCACCUUGCAGCUUUUCUGCAGUGUGGCUUGCCUGAUCUACCCCUGGGAAUGAAGAGGAGGCUUGUAAUAACCCAGUGCAGUACAGAUGUUAAAGAGGAUAUCGCAGAACCUAAACUUGUGAUCGUUUGGGGGAGGUCACACACGUUUCUGAGUGGAAAUGGACGGGCGUGAACGACGUACCUUCUUAAAAAGCACAAUCCUUUAAGAGGAGCGAAAUUGAGUUUUCCCAUUUCGGCCAAGAUUUUGAAGACAGUUCAAUGUAUUGUACAUUUGACAUAAGAUGAGAACUUUCUGAAGUAUUCUCUCCGAGAGCGUUAAACGAUGACUACCCCAGCCCUGCUGCCCCUCUCUGGACGUAGGAUACCACCUCUGAACCUGGGGCCGCCCUCCUUCCCACAUCACAGGGCUACCUUGAGACUUUCUGAGAAGUUUAUUCUUCUCCUUAUUCUUAGUGCCUUCAUCACCCUGUGUUUUGGGGCAUUCUUUUUCCUUCCAGACUCUUCAAAACACAAACGCUUUGAUUUGGGUUUAGAAGAUGUGUUAAUUCCACAUGUAGAUGCCGGUAAAGGGGCUAAAAACCCUGGAGUCUUCCUGAUCCAUGGACCCGAUGAACAUAGACACAGGGAAGAAGAAGAACGUCUGAGAAAUAAAAUUCGAGCUGAUCAUGAGAAGGCCUUGGAAGAAGCAAAAGAAAAAUUAAGAAAGUCAAGAGAGGAAAUUCGAGCAGAAAUUCAGACAGAGAAAAAUAAGGUAGUCCAAGAAAUGAAGAUAAAAGAGAACAAGCCACUGCCACCAGUCCCUAUUCCCAACCUUGUAGGAAUAAGUGGUGGAGACCCAGAAGAUAGUGACAUAAGAGAGAAAAGGGAAAAAAUUAAAGAGAUGAUGAAACAUGCGUGGGAUAACUAUAGGACAUAUGGGUGGGGACAUAAUGAACUCAGACCUAUUGCAAGGAAAGGACACUCCCCUAACAUAUUUGGAAGUUCACAAAUGGGUGCUACCAUAGUAGAUGCUUUGGAUACCCUUUAUAUCAUGGGACUUCAUGCUGAAUUCCUAGAUGGGCAAAGAUGGAUUGAAGACAACCUUGAUUUCAGUGUGAAUUCAGAGGUGUCUGUGUUUGAAGUCAACAUUCGAUUUAUUGGAGGCCUACUUGCAGCAUAUUACCUAUCAGGAGAGGAGAUAUUCAAGAUUAAAGCAGUGCAAUUGGCUGAGAAACUCCUUCCUGCCUUUAACACACCUACUGGGAUUCCUUGGGCAAUGGUGAAUUUGAAAAGUGGAGUAGGGCGAAACUGGGGCUGGGCAUCUGCAGGUAGCAGCAUUCUGGCUGAAUUUGGCACACUACAUAUGGAGUUCAUGCACCUCAGCUACUUGACAGGGGACCUGAUUUACUACAAAAAGGUUAUGCACAUUCGGAAACUACUUCAGAAAAUGGAUCGUCCAAAUGGUCUUUAUCCAAAUUAUUUGAAUCCCAGAACAGGGCGCUGGGGUCAGUACCAUACAUCUGUCGGCGGUCUGGGAGACAGUUUUUAUGAAUACUUACUGAAAGCAUGGUUGAUGUCAGAUAAAACAGACCAUGAGGCAAGAAAGAUGUAUGAUGAUGCUAUUGAGGCUAUAGAAAAACAUCUUAUUAAGAAAUCUCGUGGAGGUCUUGUCUUUAUUGGAGAAUGGAAGAAUGGGCACUUGGAAAAAAAGAUGGGGCAUUUGGCCUGCUUUGCUGGGGGAAUGUUUGCACUGGGAGCAGAUGGUUCCAGAACAGAUAAAGCUGGUCAUUAUUUAGAACUGGGGGCAGAAAUUGCACGUACUUGUCAUGAGUCAUAUGACAGAACUGCAUUAAAGCUAGGUCCUGAAUCAUUCAAGUUUGAUGGUGCAGUGGAGGCUGUGGCUGUCCGGCAGGCUGAAAAGUAUUAUAUCCUCCGUCCAGAAGUAAUUGAAACCUAUUGGUACCUAUGGCGAUUCACUCAUGAUCCAAGAUACAGGCAAUGGGGCUGGGAAGCAGCACUGGCCAUUGAAAAGUAUUGCCGAGUUAGUGGUGGAUUUUCUGGAGUUAAAGAUGUAUAUUCCUCUACUCCUACACAUGAUGAUGUACAGCAGAGCUUUUUUCUUGCUGAAACAUUAAAAUAUUUGUAUCUGCUGUUCUCCGGUGAUGACCUUUUACCUUUAGACCACUGGGUGUUUAAUACAGAGGCUCACCCUCUGCCUGUGUUACAUUUAGCCAACACCACACUUUCAGGUAAUCCUGCUGUUCGAUGAAAGCAGUUCCAGAAGGACCAUUCUCACCUGUGUUUUGUUUACAUGGACCACUACAGAAAUUAGUUUGGAGAGGCGGCUUUUGAAAACCUGGACCUCUAUGUCAACAUGACAGGGUGAAACUAUUCCCCCUAAGACUUUUCAACUUGUAGAUACGUCAACUUUGAAAUUAUUCCAUUUUAUACCUGACCAAAACAUGUUCUGGUAUAUGUAGGACAGAGACCUGGAUGUGCUUUGAUCGUUAAUGAGGUGAUCACAUGAGAAAUGUUGCCUGUUACUACUGUAUUGUUUUUAGAGUCCUGAAGUCUGGAGGCUAGACUUCCUGAAAGCAAGCCAAGAAUAUAGAGCACCUUGCAGGAGUUCAAGAUGGCCUUUGGAACCAAUUAUAUAUUUGUUUCCUCCUACAGUGGAGCAACAUUCAAAUCAAAUCUUUACAUAUUGCUUAUCACUUUUUCUCCAUUUUAAUAAUGGAAUGAACUGAAAUAAACAAGAAUGAAAGAAUAGUAUAAUUGUAUCAGUAACAAGAAGACUCAAAAAAGAAAUAGGAGUACCUAACCCUAUCUGAAUUUUCAAGUUCCCCAUUGGAUGACCAGACUGGCAACCAUUUCAAAUCCCAAUCUAUUUCAUUGAAAUUUCUUGGUUAAGUUUAAUUUUCUCUGGGGGCAUGAUCUCACAAAGAAUACUCAAAUCUUUUUCUUCAUAUGGAAUCACCGAAACUGCUGUUUAUCAUAAUCACCACUUAUGAGCCUGGGUUUGGGAUUUUUUGCAUGUAGUUCAGUCCACGGUUAGUAGCGUGACAGAAAGUGGGAAGAUGCCGCACUUUGUUGCCUUGAAACCUAUUCUAAGAGCAAUCCUUGGUUUUGUUGGUACUUUAUUUUUCCAGACCAACACAUCUACCAAGUAAAUUUUAUUCACUUUAAUUUCAUAAUAAAGUUAGUAGAUCACUCAACUUACAACUUUAUUUAUGUGGCUUGGCAAAAUUCACUAUACUAUUAGACAGCUCUAAAUUUGCCUUGAUAAGCUAAAUAAGUUACUUUUAUAACUUAUUAAAGCAAAACAAACCCAGUGAAACUUUCUUAAAUAUUCUUUCUGGAAUAGGGAUAGGGGAUCUUUUAUUUAUAAUCUCAUCAGAUGAGUGAGUUGUUCACAGAUAUUUUAUGUAUUUUAAUUUUCUCCAAGAAUAUUACAGAAUUCCAAAGAAUCAGAAUAGUUUCAGAACAAUUUUCAGUGUUAAAAAAGAAUGGUGUUAUUACACUAAAAUUGGAACACCUCUAAGGGACUUUAUCUUAUUAUCAGUAGGUUUUGCAUUGAUAUUUCUUUUUAAGUAAACUACAAGUUCUUUAUAUUUCAGCAAAAACAACUUAAAUUUUAUCAGGAACUAUAAGAUAAAUAUCUAGUGCUUAAUAAAUUUUCUGGCCUUAAAUUUAUGUGACAGUGCAAGAUACUUUUUUGCUCUUUUCAUUUAAUAUAGACAUCUUCCAUUGACAUUAAUAAAAGUUAGAAACAGUAUAAUGAGUAUAAUAUUUACUCUGAAUUUGAAGAUUUCAUGAAACAAAGUUCGUACAAGAAGCCCACCUUGGAAUUCUGAAGGCUUAUUUCCUUGUUUGAUAGCUUUUCUUUUUAACUUAGCUUUUAAGUUGGGAAAAGAUUUAAUUAAUUAAUAUAAUAUUUUCUAAGGUUGAUAACCUUACACCACAAAUCAUUAAUUUUGACAGUUCUGCUGAUGAUCCGUAAAUGAUAACCACUGCAGAAGUUUUCAGUAUACAUAGAAAAUAAAGAUGCAGGGCCAGUUACAAUAGUCCUUAAGAGAGUUAAAUUAUAGCACAUGUUUUGACAUUGUAAUAUCUUUUACUACUUGAACAUUUAAAUUUCUAAAUGAGAAAGGUAUAUAUAUAUAUUACUAUAACUGUAGAAGGGAAAAGGGAAAGUAUUUGGUUCUAAAAAAUGUUAGCCUUCCUCAUAAAAGUAGCACAAGCCCACUUAGGAAUCCCUGAGAAAAAGUGAAAAACUUGAGUUGGCCAAGACCCAGAGUGGCCGCGCAGAUGGCAAUGAACUCUCUGAAUUCUCUUUCACCUUGUUUAGAAGAAUGCAGAGUAAAGGGACCUUCUUGGUUCCGCAGGAACUUCUCAAGGGAUAAGGAGACAGAACCCCUACUCCCAAGUGCUCUAUUUGUAUUACCCACAUGACUGAAGCUUAAGAGAAGGCAGGGAAGUAUGCCAGCAGAGCCAGUUCGGGUACAAAGAAAGAAUUUGACAGGGACAAUGGAAGGGUCUUCUUCACCACUCCCUACCUUCUGUGUGAUGGAAAGACUAGAGCUUAUAAAAUUACUUCCAUUUUUUUUUAAACCUCCUGAAUACCAAAGGCAAUUAAAGUCAGCUACAAAUGACUUGCCAGUGUCAUGUUUUAUUUUUGUUACAGAUUUUUAAAUUAUUUCCUUCAAGAUCAAUUCUUAUCCAUAUAAUGCUUAGCUUCCAAGAAUGUUCUUUCCUUUCUUCUGUCUUUUACAGCUCUUUGCAUUUUUUAGACCUUAAUACUCAGGUUAAAUAUUCAUUGCAUUUGUAAGACCUUCUGCAAAAAGCCCAGAAAUGGUCCUUUCCAGGUGCCUCUUCAAAGAGCUGACACCUUACCUUGUGCCUUUGGCACACAUGUGCAGAAUAGAUAGAUCAGUUGGUGCAUAAUAGAAAAAACAGGAAUUUUGAACACUCUUCUUCCUUCUACAUUUAUUUCUCUUCAUUUUAGAAUCACACUUUUUAUGUUAACCCAGAUUUAUUAUUAUUAUUAUUAUUAUUAUUAUUCAACCAGUAUUAAGUUGUUAAAACCAAGAGAAUGGGGCCCUAACCAAAAAGAAGUCUCAAGUCGAAAAAUAAGUCCCCAGUCAGGUGGUUCUUACUUUUUUGUGGGUUGCACAUUUUAUGUCUCUCUAACAUCAACGUAUUCCUGACUUUCAAGCAGAUGUUUAUAUGUAAAAUAAAACCUGGGUAUUGAAAGGAAAUGUGUUCUUUUUAUGGAGUAUUGACCCUGAUUCUCUAUGAUGUCAUAUAGGGCAACUCAGGGCUAUACUUGCUAGAUUUUAACCAAGCAGUUUGGAAUCUUAAUCAUCAUCCUCUCAUCUUCUCCGCUCUCCAUUGCCAAAGUCUUUGUCAAAACUCCAAAUUUGUUGAUAAAAGAUUGUGUUUGCCUUUCUCAUUAUAAUGCAGUUUCUCCUUAAGCCUGGAGUUUUUUUAAUGAGUGCAUGAGUAAAUGAGAGAAUGCGUGAACGAACAUUUAUGAGGUAUCUAAUAUGUGCCAAGCAUUGUGCCUGGCACUUUCAAUCAUUAGAAUGUUUUAUGUGAUUCCACAGCAUUUUCUGUAUGAGAGUAGCUCACAUUUUAAACGUUUCCAAUAUGAAUCGUGUUACAAAAUUCUUAAUUUUGUAUUUCAUAUAAAGAGGAAAAAGAAAAGGUUUAUAAUAUAUUUUAAAACAAUGUGUUAUUAUAUAAUACUAACAACUAUAAUUGUAGUUAAUAAGUAAAAUCUCUUGAAAAUGUCAAAGAAAUACUUGAUUUCUGAUGCAACUUUGACUAAAAUAUUUACUUUAGAAAUAAAAACAUUCUUAUUUUGCUAUAUCA